UUCCUCCUCUUCUCCACUUCAAUCGAUUCUGAUUCUCGCUCGCAGCAAACGCUGCCCCCGUUCCAGAGAACAUCCUCCGCCGCCGACUUCAGUACUCAGUUUCCCUUCGCCUGUUGCUCCGCUGCGGUGCUGCCUGUAUCUUCCUCUAUGUAAGUUUUUUUUUAAUGCGGUCUCUGUUAUUGAAACUCGUUUUCGGCACCGGCGAGGAGGUUGGCCGGCUACUGUCCUUCUCCAGCCAGCACCAGCUAUCCUCCUUUCUGUUGUUACUCAUUGAUGUCGUUUCUUUUGUUAGAAAUCAUGAAUGAGAAUUGAUUGAUUGAGAAAGGGGGAGUCGAUUGUAUAGAGUUUUGUAAACCCUAAUUGAAAAUUUGCGUUGGUAUAGAGACCUUUUCUUACUGGAAAAUCGUGAAGCACUUCAUAUGCGAGCUGUGAUGGAUCUGGAAACGGAGAACAGAAUAGCUGCAAUGCUUCUCAGAGAAGCUGCAGAAUUGAGGCGGCAAGCUGAGAAAGAAGGCGUCCGUGCUUAUCUUGAGAAACCUACUGUUAGGGCUCGGCCGAACUCACGAUUCCUUACUGCAACUGUUCUUGGAGUACAGCAAGCAAAUCGAGUCGUGGAAGUAAAUGAAAUGUGGCGAGCUCGGGAGAAAGAGAAAGAUUUGGGCAAACAACUUGGUGAGAGAUCCAAAGGUAAGAAAGUCGAGAUUAACAUGGACAGGAACAUUGGUGAAUCUCCAAGGAGUUCAAGCAAGAGACUCUCUGUACAUGGUAAUGAUGCAAGACCCUCAUGCUCAUCAAAUGAUGUGGUACGGGAGGGCAGCCGCUCGAUGAAAGAGGAGGGAUUGAAGGAUGAAGAAAUUGAAGAAUUCUUGCAUUCCAGGAUGAAGCGCGGUCGAGGUGCAGUAGGUUCAAGGAUGGACGAGACAGGUCCCUAUCGUCCCUCCGGAGAAGACACCAUCGAGAAUCCGUCCUCGAAUGAAGGCAGAGAGCAUCAUCGUGCAAUCUUGGGUCCAGAGAAGCCUUCUUUUUUUAAGUCGGGUGAUUCCUCGGAAGAUGAAUCUUACGAGGACCGGAGGAAGAAGGCCAAAAAGAAGAGCAAGUCGGAAAGAAAACACAAGUCCAAAGCGAAGUCUUCGUCGUCAUCAUCUUCAUCGAGAGAUAAUAAGAAAAGGAAGAGGAAGGAAGAAAAGAGAAGGCAGAAACAACACUAGUUGGGAAACCAGGCUUCCAAACACCUUCCUUGAUGUAGCUUCUGAAUGUAGGGUUGUGAUGACAAAUGUUAGUGAUCUCUACGCUUGGUUCAGUUGGUGUCGGUCAUAUGGUUUUUGCCUGUUGCACAUUCGAUUGCUGCAACGUUCAGGAUUGAUUUCAUCAACAGAAAAAGGAACUCCAAAGCGAACUGGGUAGCUAGAUCUUGUGCUAAGAAACAGCUUCCUAAUGAAUGGUGUUUGAACCUAACUGAGUGUAGGAGUGAGGUUCACGAGAAUGGGUCGAGAAGGAUGAACAACAAGGAUUAGUCGAGAGCUUGGGAAUUGAAGGAAGGAAAAAUAGAGUUGAGAGAGUGUCUUUUAGUGAGAGAAGUUCGUUCUUUGCUUAGAGAUAGAGCCUGCCAAAAAUUUGAUCCCCUCACCCACCAGAGUAAAUGCCAUAUUUAUAG